GAAGGCAAAGGAGACUGUGCUGUGAAUGUGUUUAUACUACGUCAUCAUCACAGCAGUAAACAUUGUCGCAAACCCUAUUUUGAGGUAUAACUUUUACUGCCGAUCUGCAGAUCAAGCCCAAAUAAAUCAAAUCAGAUUAGAACAUCUAAAUCAGGAUAGCAACCAUGGAGGUUGGACAGCGAGUUGUCCGAAGCGCCACCUGGACAUGGCGAGAUCAAGAUGGCGGUGAGGGUCAUCUUGGGACAGUGGUCAAGCUCAAAGAUCAAGACCCUCAGGAACCCAUUCCUAAAGACUGGGCCAAGAUCAGAUGGGAUAAUGGAAAUGUUAACAACUAUCAGGUCGGGUCCAGUGGGUCAUAUGACCUUGCGCUCUUCGACAAUGCCCCCGCAGGUGUGAAUCAUGUUCAUAUAACUUGUGAUAGCUGUUCAAUGAAUCCUAUAGCUGGCAUACGUUGGAAAUGCAGUGAUCAAAGCUGCCCUGAUUAUGACCUUUGUACUCCAUGCUACAUGAAUGAUAAACAUGACUUGACUCAUAGAUUCACUCGCUUCACCAGCCGGAAAGAAACAGGGACACAAGUGACACCUCGAUUUGGAGAAGCGAAGACAGUUUCCAGAGGGCUGUGUCCAGAGGCAGAGGUCUGUAGAGGGAAGGAUUGGCAAGGAGAUGAUGAAGAUGGUGCCGGUGGGACUGUUGUUGAGAUAUGUCCCUUCUCUAAAAGGCCACGAUCAGGCGUCACUGUUUGCUGGACUCAGUCUAAACUGGUUACUACUCAUAGAGUUGGAUUUGAUGGGAAAAUGGAUCUGAAAUGCACCGCAGCAGGAACUGGGAUAGAUUACUAUGCUACACAUCUUCCUGUUUUAGGUAAAGAGGUUGGUUUAAAGGUUGGAGAUCUGGUAGCUAUUACUCUGGACAGUGAAACAUUACAGAUUAUGCAACAGAUGGGUGGGCGAGAGUGGUUACCAGCAAUGGGAAAUCUGUAUGGGAAGGUUGCCAAGGUUACUGGUAUCAACUUAGACGGGAACGCAGAGGUCACUUACCCUGAGAGAAAAGAACAACCUUUCACCUUCAAUCCAGAUGUACUGAACAAGGUUCCUAGGCUAAGUAAGGGAGACCGUGUGCAGAUCAAUAAAGACUUGACGUUUGUGAUGAAUCUUCAAGAAAACAGUCAAAAUGGAUGGAUCGAUGGCAUGGAAAAGUGUCUAGGAAUGGAAGGGACCGUGAUGAACGUUGAUUCACAGUACAACAGCCGGGUGCGAUUGAUUGGUUUGGAGAAUUUGUGGUCAUGGCAUCCCUGUUCCUUGAUCCUCGUCAAGAAGAACUCAUCAGAUGAUGACAAGCAGAGUGCUGAAUCUACAGGCCUCAAGCUAGAUGGAAGUGGACAAACUGAAUUCAAUAAAGCCUUGCUAUCACUACUCGGGACAGAUUCAGGCGAAGGAGGUGAAGGAGAUGGACAUGGACAAACUAAAAUGCUCAAGGCCUUGCUAUCACUACUUCAGACAAAAGAUGGCAGCUCAUCCAAUAGUGAUUCAGGCGAAGGAGGUGAAGAAUCUCAACUGAUCAAGGCCGCUAAGAGAGGCAAUGUUGAACGUGUCGUGGAGAUUCUAUCCAUAUCACCAGAAAAGGCAAAUAUGAAAGUUGGUGGGAAGACUGCUCUACACAUGGCAGCUGCCCAUGGUCAUCUUGAAGUAGUCCAGGCACUUCUGGAGUCAGGGGCUGAGAUAGAUAUCACCACUGUUGAUAGCGGGAGCACUCCGCUCCAUUACUCUGUCGAAGGGGAUGAACCAGCUAUCACAAAGUAUUUGAUUGGUAAAGGAGCGGAUAUAAACAGAGGUAAUGAUAACGGACGGAGAGCGAUCCAUCAAGCAGCUUACAAAGGGUUUGUUGACUGUGCAAGGGUCUUGAUUAAUCACGGAUGUGACGUUAAUGUACAGGAUACAGAGAAAGAUACUCCCCUCCAUGAUGCUAUAAUCAAGAGCAGGGUAGAUGUCAUCGAACUAUUGGUGAAAGUUCCAGACCUCGAUGUGACUCUGGCUAACAAGAGAGAGUGUACAGCUCUACAGUAUGCAGCUUUAAGGGACAAACCAGAACCUGCUGAGUUAAUUGCACAAAGUUGCCCUCGAUCUAUUGUUGUUGCAAGGGAUGACGGCCACACCGUAUUGCAUAUCUGUGCAGUCAAUGACCAUGUAGAGGUCAUGAAGGUUGUUAUGGCUGUAAAGGAUCAUGGGUUGGAUGUGAAUGCUAAGAACGCGAAAGCAGAUACAGCACUACACCUGGCCGCUCAUAAAGGACAAUCCCACAGCAUAGAGUUUCUGGUGUCACAGGGUGCUGAUAUCAAUCUUCAAGGUCGUGAUGAUCACACUGCCCUGCACCUCCUUGCCAGCACUGCAGGGACAGAUCCAAGUGGUAUCAAAGACACUCCUACACUGAGGAAGAUUCGCAAGCGUUUUAGAGAUUGUGGAGUGGAUAACAGUGCUGCCGCUGCACUCUGCUACAUGGUUCUUAAUGGAGCGUCCAUAGACCUAGAGAAUGUCAAAUGUCGAACACCGCUAUAUUACAUCAAAGAUGCUGAGCUGAAGAAGACUUUGAAGAAGAUUGCUUGCGAAAAGAUAUCUGAUGAUAUGUCAUCAUGGGAGGACCUCGGGGAAGAUGAGGAUGUGAAGAAGGGACGCCUGAGCAGUAACUCCAUCAGUGUUGACGAUGAUGAUAUUAUCGUAAAGGGAAACGAUGGUCUGAGCAUCACUGAUAAAGGCUCUCCAAAUCGGAUAAGACAGGACUCGGCUGAGAGUGAGAGUGGAGCUGAUGGCCGUCCAGCAGGAAACCAAAAGAAAUCUGGCAAGCCAAAAAUUGAAGUCUUUGAUCUUGUGCACAAAAUUGAAGUCUCUGACCUAGACAUGGGUCCUGUGGUUGGGAAGGGGCAGUUUGGAGUGGUCCAUCGAGCCUCCUGGAGGGGGACUCCAGUGGCAGUCAAAAAGAUCUCCAUCAUGGGUAGCAGAAAAGAUGAAAUUGAGAAGGAAGUCGCAAUACACAGACGGGCAUGUCAUCCUAACAUCGUUCAGAUGAUGGCUCUAGGAUACCAGGAAAAAGAGGCCUUCCUGGUAAUGCAGUUCAUUGAAGGACCAAGUUUACACACCGUCAUUUUCCCUGAUAGGGAUGAUGUUAAGAUUCCUCUAGACUGGGCUAAAAAGCUUCAGAUAUCUCGUGAGGUUCUCCAAGCCGUAACCUUUAUGCAUGCCUGCAACAUCUUACAUCUUGAUAUUAAGCCUGCCAAUAUUCUAGUGGACUCUGCAACAAUUCGUCCCUACAUCUGUGACUUGGGCCUGGCCCACAUCAAGAACCGCAAUCUCAUGUCCCAAUCCGCAGUCAACAUCAGAGGCACACCGUGUUUCAUGCCUCCAGAGGCACUUGGCGCAACGGAACCUGGUUACAGGCACUCCAACAAACAUGACAUCUGGUCGGUUGCAGGAACAUUAGUGGAGCUAUACUCCAUGAAGCGGUUGUGGGGAGACUCGAUGAAUCCUCUGGCCCUGAUGGCUCGUAUUUUAACAGGCCAGAUGAGUAAACCUGAGUCUUUGACAGCUGUAGAUUCUAAGGUUCAGAAGAUCCUUGAACCAUGCUUCAGACAGAAGCCAGAGAAGAGACCAUCCGCUUCUGAUCUCCUGGAUCAGUUCAAUGACCUCACUUAAUGGUAGUGUACAGAGUUUAUAAAAGGGAAAAAAGUAAUAAUCGUCUUUGCUUUGUAAAGAACAAUAAUAAAGAUAAUAAAUAUUAGAUAAUGUUAAAGCGCACAUAUCCACCAAACAUGGUGUUCAAGGCGUUCCAAUAUUAUCUUGGUUGUACAGAGUACAGACAACUGAUUUCGGUACUCACAGCAUUGAAUAAAUUUAAUAUUACCGGUCCCCAUUUGUGCCUGGGUGGAGAGUAAAAAAAUGUAUAUUAAUGUCUUGCCAAAGGACACCAGUGCUUCACCCAUGGGAUAAUGGGCUGGUGGGAUAAUGUAUAUCUCAAUGGUAAAUGUACAAUUGUUUUGAAAUGUAUUGUAUUCUGAAGCAUCCCAAAGUGAUUUAGAACUUCUAAAGGAACAAAGCUGUCCAUAGCACAAGUAUUCAUCUAAUCAUACAUAUAACCAGAAUGUCUAGAGGCUUGCCAUCUCAAGAAGAACAUCAUAUUUCUUUGCAACACAGUGAUCUGUCUGCUCGAAUGAUUUAGUCUAAUUUAAUGUCAAUACUUAUUGUAAAAAGGAAUGGUCAAUUCAAGAGAGAUCUCAAAUAGAAACAUAUAUGCAUUUAAUAGCUUU